CGCGACAUCUUCCUCGCAAUCCAUUUCCAAGGAUUUGUACAGCCAGAACAUUUUGCGCAACGACGGUGCCGCAAACGCGAAGAUUAGGCAUGGAGUCCUCGGAAUCUUCCUCGCAGGAAUCGCUUACAGAGCAAGUCGGGAGCCUGUCCGUCUCCAAAGUCACCGACGUCGACUCGCACCUCGUGGAUGAGCUGUUCGCUAUCACGAAGAGGAGCCCAAAGCUUGUGCGAUCGACCGAGUACCACGCGCCCGCGGAUCCAAAUAUUAUAGUUCGGAGCUGGAAGAUGAACGAAUUCAAGUACUAUGAUGUCCCUUCGCCAUUCCCAACUCUUGCGCGUGGCCUCUUCACUAUGGAGGUCAACGUCAAAGGCCGUCUCAAGCAUCGCAUUGUGGCCAGAGGCUACGACAAGUUCUUCAACAUUGGCGAAGUGCCGUGGACAACAUGGGCAUCUCUCGAGGCACACACCUGCGCUCCGUACACCCUGACGCUCAAAUCAAACGGGUGCAUCAUAUUCAUCGCCGCGCUCACGCCGUCGAAGCUCCUCGUCACCUCCAAGCACGCACUUGGUCCCGGUGGCCGUGACGGCGAGAGCCACGCGCAAGUUGGCGAACGGUGGCUGCGGAAGCACCUCGCAGAUAAAGGCAAGACUGACCAGCAGCUCGCAGCUGUACUAUGGGAGAAAAACUGGACCGCCGUCGCCGAGCUGUGUGACGACUCGUUCGAAGAGCACGUCUUGCCGUACUCAAAAGAGAAAACGGGCCUGCACCUGCAUGGCCUGAACGAGUGUACGCGCGCGUUCAAGACGAUGACGCAGGACAUCGUUGAUGCGUUCGCGCACGAGUGGGGCUUCAUUCCGACGCCAUCCACGGUACUCAAGACGAUCCCGCAGGUGAAGGCGUUCACAGAGGAGAUCGGGCGUGCGGGCAAGUGGAACGACGAUGCAUUGGAGGGAUUCGUCGUGCGCACGCACGUCGUCGACCCGCCCACGGCAGGUAAAAGCGGCAAGACCGUGCCGGUGUCCCUGUCGCCAUACAAAGCAGGCUCGUCGUUCUUCUUCAAGGUCAAGUUUGACGAGCCGUACAUGAUGUAUCGCGACUGGCGGGAGGUGACGAAGAUUUUGCUGUCAAAAGGGCCCACGAUGUCGAACGCCCCGAAGAGCAAGCUGAGACGAAAGGAGACGCGGUUGUAUGUGAAGUGGGUGAUCGAUGAGAUCAAACGAGACAGGGAGCAGUUUAAAGAUUAUACGAAGGGGAGGGGUAUCAUCGCGACGAGGGAUCGGUUCUUGAAGUGGCUGGAAACGGAGGAAGGACAUAACCUUGCGGAGAAGGAGAGCGAGAGAGAGGAGGCGGACAACGGGAUCGUGACGAGCGCGGAUGGGACGCAGUUUGGCAAGACGAUCAUUUUGCCGGUGGCAGUCCCGGGAGUUGGCAAGACGACCAUUGCGGUGGCACUGAGUCAUCUGUUUGGAUUCGGACAUACGCAGAGCGACGACAUCGCUUCAAAGAAGGCUGCCCCUAUUUUUGUCAAAAACGUCGUGAACCUGCUCAAGACACACGAUGUUGUCAUCGCCGACAAAAACAACCACUUGAGACAGCAUCGUAAACAGCUGCGCGAUGCGGUGAAGAAUUUCAAGCCGCCCGUCCGGCUCAUGGCGCUCAACUGGUCCUUCGACGUCCCGCUCUCCACGAUCCACCGCGUCUGCGGCGACCGCAUCCUUCAGCGCGGCGAGAAGCACCAGACCCUGCGCGCAGAUGUGCACAACAAGAGCUACGAGGAGGUCAUUUGGCAGUUCCUGAAACAGGCCGAGGAGCUCACGGACGACGAGGUGGACGUCUCGGUAGAGAUGGACUGGGAGGAGAGCCUCGGAGACGCGCUCGCACGCGCGGUCGACGCGUGCGUGCGCAUUCUUGGCGUGCAGCGGCCUGAUGCAGAGGCGAUGGGGCGCGCACUGGCCAUUGCGCGCGCGUACGAGCCGACUAGCAGACGUGAAGUGAAGGCGAAAGAGGCUACCGUGCGGUACUACGGAAUCCUCGUCGAGGUAGAUCUGUCCGAGGUGCUCGGCUCGCGUCUUGCAGAGCCCGGGGUGCCCGCAUCAGGGAAGUGGUUCUGGGACGCGCUCGUGCAGAAGAAGCGCGUCGCUUCGCUGCCGCACAUCACUCUCGUCCACAAGAAGUCGCUCCCUGAGGAGACACCGCUUUGGGAGUGCUGCAAGGAGCUGUACCUCUCCGCGGCGCCGCCGUUGUUCACGUUCCGCCUUGGGCACUUGGUGUGGAAUGAUCGGAUUAUGGCGGUGACGGUCGAGGAUCUGGCAGUGCACGGGGAUGAGGCGGACCCGGAGGGGAAGGGGGCCGAGUUUUUGUCAAAGCUGCCUGAAGAGGCGAAGGAAACGCUGCAUGUAACGGUGGGGACGAGGGACCAGGAUGUCCCACCGGUGGAGGCGAAGGAUCUGGUGUCGAAUUGGAAGAAAACGGGCGACGCAGAGGGGAUUCAGUCGGUGGAGUUGAAAGAUAUAUGGUUGAAGGGGAGAGUAAAAGGCUUGACCAACUGAAGAUUUUAUAAGAAACCGGAAUGGACACCGCUACUGUCCAGCUGCUUCAUCCACCACCCACCACGACGCACUCUACAUUGUAUAUUAGUACACCAGCUGUAUCAAUUAGAAGUUCAAGUAUGCAACAAUACCUCCGCUUAAUACCUCGUC